GCUUGGUUUGUUCUUGCCUUUAGCCAAUAGCCAUACGUAACAAGCAGACAGGUACAUUCGCUCUACAUGUAGCAAACGAAUGCAUAACUUCAAUGGGGUCCCGAGUAAAUCUAAAAGAAAAUGAAACCAAGGAAAAUGUACCUGAAGAAUUCGAGGGUAUAAAGCCCAUAACAAGUCCGAAAAUGGAAGGUCCUUGUACAAUAUCGAUUUUUACGCCGUCUAUCAGAAAUGUAACGAAAGCUGAUGAGAAAGCUAUCUCAAAUACAAAUUUCAUUACUACGAAUGUUUAUGUAAAUAUGUUUCAUGGAAUUAUCAAUCGUUCAUUAAAGACGAAGGCAAGAACAUUGGGUUUACCGAUAUCGUUUUCGAAACCAGCUUCUACAAAGGCUUUAUAUGCACAAUUCCCACCUAUUUGUGUCCAUUCUCGGAGCUCGGAAGUCACAAAAGGCUUUCCCUUGGUCUAUUUUCCAGAUGACCUUUCGAAGCAUGAUGUUAGCGAUGAAGAUUGGAAGUCGUUCAUACACGAUAUAAACAUGGCAUGUUCCUUUAGUGAAGUUGCUCUUCUAGGAUCUGGUAGUCUUGUAGGUUUAGUAUCCCUUGGAGUUUCUCGAUUCAUUAUCAGCUACUACAUUGAAAAAUACGUUGAUAAUGUCCGUUUCCCUGUGGUUCGGGGGUUUAUUGAAUUAUGGAACAAGAACUUUUUUCACCAAAGAAAGAUUCAUGUCUUUUUUUUAAAUCCGGACGAGGUUGCGGAACAGAAAAGUCGAGCAAUAGAGAUGUACCAAAAGCAAAAGGGAUCUACAGGAGUCUUUUCCAAGAUGAUAUCUAAGAGACAGUGGAACAAACAACAUCAUCACAUUUCAGAUAGUGGACAUUCAAGAAUGCUAAUUGUCUCCUUUGAUUCAACUGGUAUGCCAUUUGUACCAUAAUAUAAAAGAGCAUAAUCAGAUAAAAAGGUUUUAUCAUCUAUUUGCGUUUUCAAAAAUUACAUAAAUUAUAUACUUAAUUUUUUUUGUUUUUUGUUUUUGAAAAAUCAUUCAUUCAUUAAAAAUCAUUGAUCCUAUACUAUACUAAUUUUAAAAGUGUAUCUACCGUCUUACAAUUCACAGA